UAAUGGUCCGGGCUGUGGCCCUGGUGUUUUACUUUCCGCCCCGGGCCAACUUGUGAGAUGAAAACUGAGGAUCCUGAAAUCACCGCAGGCGGGGAUGCGAACAGUCCCCCAUCGCCUGACCCGCCGGGAAAUGUAGUCGAUCCGACCCGGUGGCCACUUUGGCGGAAGUGGUCGAUUGUCGUUUGUAUCGCCCUGAUGUAUAUGCUGGCGAACUUCGGAACGAUCAUCAUUGUGCCCGGAGUACCCCGGAUUCUAUCCGAUUUCCACGUCUCCCGAGAUCAUCUAUACGAACCCCUCAUUGUCUCAAUCUGGGAACUGGGGGAGGGCGUGGGAUCGUUCCUGGUCGGACCCUUAUCCGAGCAAUACGGUCGCAGCGUCGUCUAUCACGGGGGCAAUGUACUCUUCAUCCUCUGCUCUGUGGCGGCAGCCUUGAGCGUCAACAUCGGCAUGCUAGUAGCCUUUCGCUUCAUCAACGGCCUCGCCAUCACCACCAUCACCCUCGCCCCCAGUAUCACCGGCGAUCUCUUUGUCCGGGAAGAGCGCGGCGCCGCCAUGGCACUGGCCAUCACCCUCCCUCUCAUCGGUCCCUGCGCGGCCCCGAUCGUAGGCGGAUACGUGACUAGUGACCUCGGCUGGCGCUGGGCGAUCUGGAUCAUCGCCAUUGCAGUGGGCAGUGUGUCCCUCUGCUCCUUGAUCGUGAUGAAAGAAACCUACCGGUUCAAAAUCGCCCAAGACCAGCCGGCCUCGCCUGGUGGUAGUCCGCCCCGCGAGCCCAAACUGCAAACCCUACUCCGCCCCAUGCGCCUGCUCUUCUCCUCCCCCGUCGUCCUAGUCACUUCCCUAUAUACAGCCCUCACCUACGGCAUCUCCUAUCUCAUCCUCACCACCCUCUCAGAGAUCAUGCACGACAUCUACAACUUCAGCCAAGGACCCGUCGGACUCACCUUUCUCGGUCGAGCAAUCGGGAACCUCAUCGGCCUAGCCAUCUACGGCCUCACCUCAGACCGCUACCUGCAGCAUCGCCGCCAGAAAACCGGCCGCUCACUCCCCGAAGACCGCCUCCCACUCAUGCUCCUAGGCACGAUCCUCCUCCCCACCGGUCUAUUUCUCUACGGCUGGUCAUCCCACUCCCACAUCCACUGGAUCGUGCCACUCAUCGGAACCGGCAUCGUGGGAGCCAGUCUAAUCCUGACCCGGCUACCCACGGAGAAUUAUCUCGUCGAUGCGUUCGACCCGGAUGGCACAUCGGCGUCGGUGCUGGCUGCCAACGCCACUCUGAGCGCGCUGUUCGGGGCCCUGUUCCCCCUUGCCGGGCCAUCGCUGUACCGUACCCUCGGCGUCGGGUGGGGGAAUUCCCUUCUGGCUUUCAUUUCGUUGGCGUUUUUGCCCCUGUUCACGGUCCUGUGGAUACAUGGGGAGAUAUUGCGGCGGGAGGGCUGGGGGUAUUUGUGGGUGAUUGUGGAGCCUUGGUUCCAAGGGACACAUCAGAGGGGUUCUGGUGGUCUUGAAGGAGAAAGAUACCAUGCUGAAGAUGAAAAUUCCGGGGAUGGAACGCAGCAGGGUCGAAGGGAGGGAGAGAAACAUGCUGUUCGAACACAUCAGCAGGGUGUGCGGGAUGUAUGACGCUUGUGUUCAGGCGAAGACCAUCGCCAUUUAUGAAUUGAUCUUUUGCGGGUCUGGCGUGGGUAAAAUCAAGACUGCCCCUGCGUCAAAACGGGGCAUUCCUCUUGGAUGUCAGAUCAUUGCUUUUGUCCUUCAGCACAGUCACUCGGUGCAUGGUUAUAUGUAAAUUCCUGGUGCAGAGUAGUAUGGUAAGGGUGGCUGUUACUAAAUAUAUAUAAUACUGUCAACCGCAUUAGAUCAAUUCCAGUAUUUGUAGAAUGCAGUCAACUGAAC